AUCCGGCACAUGUCAAUAACUAUGUACACAAGUUUUUAAAUUAGCAAAUUGUUGAAUGAAACUUAGCAUUUUCAUUUAUUUGAUUAAAUGAUUUAUACGAAGGAUAGCAGUUAAUUAUGUAAACGAUCACAUAAACAUAAUUAUGUACAUGUAUUACAACUCACGGGCCGGCUACUACACUUUAGCCUGAGUUUUUUGGUGUUGAAGUCAGAUGGCAUACACUGUGCCGGAAACUCAUCAGCCCUGUAAAGGAGAAAGGAAAGAAUUACCAAAUGGCCUGAGGGAACUUGCAACUUUAUCUGAAGUUCUAGUCAGUCGGAAUGUCAAUGUAUGUGAAGUGUUUUUGUGCUGUACACCUCGACAAGCUUCUUUUAGUAUAUACACAACUGGUUCUGACCAGGAUGAAAUACUCAGCAUUAAGGAAUCUGGUAUGUGUUUGUUUAGAGAAUGUAUUGGAGCUGCUAGGAACUUGAAUCUCCGUAUGAAUAACUGUGACGAUGAGAACGUGGCUACAUUUUAUCGUACAAUGACAUGUUCACGUGGAUGUUGUUUCUCACCAGGACCUCCUUCAAUGGCAGUUAACUCACCACCUCACAUCAGACUGGGUAAAAUAGAAGAAAGAGUAACCUGUUGUAAUCCCAUUUUUGAUGUAUUACCUCAUAAAGAAAAUGAACCUACACUGACAUAUACCACAAACUGUUGUUAUAUGAAGACAUGUAACUGGUGUACUGAUGUAGAAAUUCAGGUCUAUGACCCAGAUACAGACAUUCUUGUUGCUAAAAUUAUAAAGAAUUCAAAAUCUGAUGGUGCUGAAUUAUUUAACUUGAAAAAUGACUUCCUUGUAGAGUUUUUAACAGACCUGGAUAUUGUAAAGAAACUGAUGGUUUUAGGAGCCUGUUUACUGGUAGAUUUUAACAACUUUGAACAUGACAGGAGAUUUUGCUGUUGAUGAAUAUUUGCAUAUUGGUUUUCAUAAUGAUAACAAAACUGUGAAAUAUCCGUUUCAUUCAAAAUGAGAAAGAACUAAACAUUGUUAUUUUGAAAGUAGUAAAUUUAAACAUAAAUUUACAAUUUGAGAGUAUUACAGGCAUAUUGCUAUAACUUCAAGGGUCACUUUUAUAUAUA